AUGUAUGACGAGUACACGACUAUCAAUUCAUCCAUUGCCCAUCGAUUCGAGGACCGUAUCAACUAUCACCUCGUGAACACUUCUCUUGGAGUACUGUGCUUCGGAAUUAAUUUGAUUCUACUUGGCAUAUUCCUCGGUUAUCGUCCGUUUCGCACACGAUAUGUGCUCCUGAUUCAAUUAUGUGCUGGAGAUCUGAUCUACUCUUUGGCUGUAAUUCUCAGUGGAUUGCAUCGCAUUCGCAUCUACACAGAUGCUUAUCGAACAUAUACAAUUCCAUUCAGGACUACUCGGGAAUGUGCCUUGCAAUUGUGGCUGCUAUUGAAAUUAAUAGGUGAUCUCUUCAUUCCGGUGACAAUCUUCUGGAUGGGCAUCGAACGAUUCAUUGCUAUAUCGUUCCCACUAUUUUAUCGCAUGAAUGUGGACGGGAAACCUUUGAAAUCUAUCGUGGUUCCAUUGUUGAGUGCGAUUUUCGUCUUGACAGCAUCUGGAUACGCCGUGACCCUUGCGGUAUAUAACGAUCGCCCGGCGAACUAUCACUGUGGCCGAAAAGUGACUUUCGGCGAAGGGUUUUCGACAUUUGUGUAUAUCACGAAUAUAUUCUGCAAUGUAGUGUCCACAUUACUGAAUGCAGCCGCUUAUAUCAAAGCGAAGCAGAAGACUAAGAAAAACCAAGCCCAACGCCAAGCUCACAUCAUUAGAUAUUAUCUUCUGAUUUCACUACUCUCGACCGUACUGGUUUCGUUGCCAAACACAAUAGCACUAUUCCAAGUCUAUGUGCAAUCGGUAAGCGACGUGAUCUCGAAGCCGUCCGUUUGGAUGCAGACAAUCAACUCUGGCAUCCACUUAUUCGUAUAUUUGAUACUGAAUCGUGAUUUCCGUCAUCGUGCUCAAUACCUCGUUCGACUUGAAGGAUCUAUGAGCCACCACACUACUGGCGGCUGCGAACUUACUUUGAUUGCGAAGUAA